AAUAUAUACAACGCCUUAAAUACCGACUUAACGAUUAAAAUCUCUCUCUCUCUCUCUCUCUCUCACACACACACACACACAAGCACACACUCUCUCUCUCUCUCUCCCCGACUCUCACGCACACACACAUUGGGAGCUGAGCGUGAUCACAAUGGCGUCUCCUACAGCGAAGCUCGCAUUUCGCUUUCUGUUGGUGGCAGUGGUGGCUUUGAUUCUGUUCUAUGUCGGACGGCCGCUCUACUGGAAAAUUUCCGCCACCGUUCACGACAUCCGCCACAAUAAACAAACCGUUUCUGGAGGUAUUUCAAAAAUUGUGCAAGAUGCUCAGAGAUCAGUGGGGUGGUAUCAUGAUGAGUCGGAUUCAGGAUAUAAUGAGAAUAAGAAAUCUACUUCAGCUAGGAGGUUUCUUCUCGGUCAGGUUUUGUGAAAUAUGAAACUUGAAAAAUGUUCUUUUUGAUGAAAAUUUUCCCAUUUUACAUUUACAUCCAUGGAAAUAUUGUAAGGAACGUUUUGUAUUGAUAGAGUAGAUGUUCAACACUGUAGAUUUAGAUCUGGUUGAAUAAACUUGAUGUACCCCUUAAGUUGGAGUCGGGAACGAUGAGUAACUCAGGCACGUUUUGCUUUUACCAUGAUACUAAUUUCUCGGAUACUGUUAAACUAAAGGAGAGGAUGGUUACAUAACUUAUAUUACACCUUGUGUUUGUUGAAAUAAAUAUUGAUUUUGAAAUGUCUCUCAAAAA